AAUGGCUGACAUACAGCCGACGCGACGACGAUUUUAACCACCUGUGCAAUCUGAAUUGUUUGUGAAAGUUUAUUUUCAAAAAUUGUAUGGUUGAAUUUAAAUUAUAUUGCUUUGUAUUUAUAAUAAUUGUUCAAUCCUACAAUAAUAAUAUGUCAGAGUGCGCUUAAUUGACUUGUAAUAUGGAAGCUUUCAUAUCAGACUCAGACUCGAGCGACGAUGACAACCCUCAGGUGGGCUUCCCCUACUCACCGCCACCCUACAAUUUGGGGGCAAAGAGCAGCGCGGAGAGCGGCGACGAGACAGGCAGCCAUGUGGAGGUGCAAUCGGUGGCCUCCAGUUACUCCGCCACCUCACAGGCCACCUCCUCCUCAUCUGGAUACUCCUCCUCGGCCUCCUCCUACCCCCACUACUCCACCUCCAACUAUCACCCCCAGAUGCCCUCGCUCUACGACUCGGGGGGACCCGUCUCACCGGAGCCACCUCGUGCCAGUUUCUCCGACUACAACAGUCCGCCACAGUAUCGCUCGUUCGCCGACAAUGGUGUGGAUGAUGACGAUAACGAUGAUGAUGAUGAUGACGACGGUUUCGGCGAACCCAUGAAACGGUUCAGCAGCGGAACGGACAAUCCGGCCAAAAAGGGCAAAUAUGAUUUCGAAUCGUACGCACAAAAAACGGAAACCGUUUAUCAAGCCAAUCCAAAAGUUGAGAGUAUGAUGGCAGGAAUGGGCUACAGAGGAAAAGGUUUGGGAAAACAUGAACAAGGUCGACUUGACCCAAUUGAGUUGUCGAAGCAGAAAGGCAGAAGUGGUUUGGGUCGAAUUGUCAAGGGAUUGCAAGCAGAGAGUUUGACUUGGGACUCGUCACUCGAGGUUGUGAGUGUGGAGGAGAAACCGGAUUGGCUGCACUGCUUCAUGGCUGAAUUGACUGAAGAAAGCAUGCGAGACUGGCCCAAAGAAGGCGAGAAAAUCCUAGUUAUGGACUCAUUUUCUGAUUUUGUCGAUCCGGAUCUCCUAUUUAAAAUUCUCGAGAAAAAGUCGGUAUUCGAUGAUUUGGAUCCCAUGUCGUUAAAUAUGGCUGUGAAACGAGCUAAUCCUUUCGAAACUAUUAGACAUGGUAUUUUUCAAAAUAGAGCUGCUAUGAAAAUGGCCAAUAUGGAUAAAGUAUUUGGAAAAAUGUUUACGGAACCACUGGAUCACAAAGGUAAACCAUUGGUAGGAGAAAAGGACCUGCUAUAUUUUGCCGACGUUUGUGCCGGGCCUGGAGGGUUUUCAGAAUAUGUGCUCUACAGAAAGAAUUGGCAGGCGAAAGGUAUUGGCUUCACUUUGGCCAAUGAGACUAACGAUUUUAAGCUGGCUGAUUUCAUGGCUGGCACUCCAGAAUCGUUUGAAACUUACUAUGGAGCGAAAGGAGAUGGCAAUGUAUACGAUCCAGAGAAUAUAACCAGUUUAACAGAAUUUGUCAUGAUGAAAACCGACGGUGUUGGUGUUCAUUUCAUGAUGGCAGACGGAGGAUUUUCCGUGCAGGGCCAAGAAAAUAUUCAAGAGAUUCUCUCUAAAAGACUGUACCUGUGUCAGUUCCUUGUUGCAUUGUUCAUCGUUCGAAUCGGUGGCCAUUUUGUUUGUAAAUUGUUUGACAUUUUCUCACCGUUCAGCGUUGGACUGGUUUAUCUCAUGUACAGAUCGUUCGAAAGUAUAUGCAUACAUAAACCAAAUUCUAGUAGACCUGCCAAUUCUGAAAGGUACAUCAUUUGUAAAAAUAAGCGGAGUGACUGUGAUGGUAUUAGACAGUACAUGUUUGAUCUGAAUCUACGCCUAGAUGAGUUGAAUAACAGUGAUACCGAUAUCCUGGAAUGUGUUCCAAUGUCUGAACUGAAAGCUGAUACCAAAUUUUUCGAAUACAUUGUCAAUUCGAAUAAUAGUUUAGGUGAGCGUCAAUUGUUGCAUUUAGUGAAGACAAUAGUGUUCUGUAAGAAUACGGAUCUCACUGAACCGAAGCAGGCCGACCUUUGUGUGAGGAGCCUCAAGUACUGGGAAGUGGAGAACGAGACGCGCAAACUGGAGGAGACCUUCCUGCCCGUCUUAGUUGCUCGUCAGGUGCUUGGACAGAUCAAUCCCCAAUUUGCUAAGAAUCCUGGCAUUGAAUUGAACCAAGCCGAAAAGUUGAAGAAGCAAUUUCCUUCGAUUUUAGAUUGGCAAUGUAUCCCAAUUCAUGAGUCAGAAAACUGCCAUUUUUAUUUAGGGUGUGGCAAGCGUGUGUACCAGAUGAAUCGCAAAGGCGGAUGGUCGGCAGUGGACAAGUGGCAGCUGGAACUCAGCCCGGGCACCCUGCUCUACGGCGAGGUCACCGAUGAUGUCCAGGGCGAGAUGAAGAGUCAGCGUCGCUACAAGAUCCUCCACGUCAUCGACGCCAUUGCUCUCGGCAAGAAGAACAUUGCCAGUCGCAGCUAUUCCACAAGGAUAGAAUUGUGUAAAUUGUUUGCAAAAGCCCUCCAUAAAAGUCGGACCAAAGAUGGCAGAGAUCCGAUUCCGAUAAGAGUCAACAAGCCCAUUGACAUGAAACACUUUAUGGAUAUUUUUAAAGGGAUAGAGAUUCGUUGUGGCAAAAAACCCAAUGAAAUUCUGUAUCAUGUUACCGAUGAUUCGGAGGCACGAGAGUGUUUCUCAGAGAACUAUUUCUGCCCGAUAAAAGGUGUUAUUUUCUACAAAGUUCUGAGAGAACCAUGGCUAUUGUGUCUACGCAGGGGAAAUAAAUAUGACUAUUUCAAUACCAAGACUGGGAAAAUCUAUUCAACAGCACCAGAAUGUCUCAAUGCAAGUGCUGUGGACUGUUUCACGACCAGAAGGGUGUGGAAUUGGGAGGCCGGCGUUGGAGUGAGGCAUGAAGAGCCCAUGGACAACGUCCUCCACUAUACACAACUCAAGAGAUACAUUGACAACUACUUCAUGCAAUGCAGAUGAAAGCUGUUCAAUUCAACAAAAAUG